AAGAGGAGAAUUUAUUUAAUCUCUUCAGUAUGCCCUCAAGAAGAAAGAGAAGAGCUGGCUUGGAGGGAAACAAGGCUUUGGAAAACACAAGUUGUUUUUUCCCUUUUUCCUUUUUGUUAUCCCCUUGUCUGUCACUCUGUAUAGCGGUAGUGGGGGAAGGAAGAAAUUGAGAAAGAUCAGUUGUGUAAUGGGCAUAAGAGAAACCAAAGGAAAUGACUUGGUGCAAUGACUGCAGUGAUGUGCAAACAAUUGAAAGAAGCUCGUCGCCAUCAACUACUAAUAAUAUUACCGCCAAACCCAAAGAUUGUCUGGUUAGGUCUUGUCCUUCAUGUGGUCAUCAGAUUAAAUGUAAUCAGCAGGCGAGAAUUCAUGAUUUGCCUGGACUACCAGCUGGGGUGAAGUUUGAUCCGACGGAUCAGGAGCUUCUUGAGCAUCUGGAAGGGAAGGUUCGAUCUGAUACUCGAAAACUUCACCCACUUAUCGACGAGUUCAUCCCUACACUUGAAGGCGAGAACGGAAUAUGCUAUACCCACCCUCAAAAGUUGCCAGGAGUUAGCAAAGAUGGGCUAGUUCGUCACUUCUUUCAUCGACCUUCGAAAGCGUACACAACAGGAACCAGAAAAAGAAGAAAGGUGCACACAGACACGGAGGGCGGCGAAACCCGGUGGCACAAAACCGGCAAGACCAGGCCGGUCUUUGUUGGCGGCAAGGUGAAAGGUUACAAGAAAAUUCUUGUGCUUUAUACCAAUUAUGGGAAACAGAAAAAACCAGAGAAAACCAAUUGGGUGAUGCACCAGUACCACCUGGGCAACAAUGAAGAAGAGAAAGACGGGGAGAUCGUGGUUUCAAAAGUUUUCUACCAAACACAGCCUAGACAAUGUGGUUCACUCAUGAAGGACGCUCUCCCACCAAAAUUAAUGAAGGGACAAAGCGGCCAUGAGAGUCUUAGAAAUAAUCCAGGUCUUGAGGCGUUUUACAAUCCUUCAUUCAUAUCUUUUGAUCAAGGCGAUCAAAAUAGAGCGAGCCCCCCUCAACUGAUUCCCCAUUUCGCACCACAUGAUGGCUCUUCGUUUAUUCCUUGAAAUGAGAGAGAAAAAUGAAAAAAUAAAUAAAUAAAUGAGGGAGGCAGGCAAGAAAAGAAGAAAGGAAGAUAAAUGGAGGGUGGAGAUUGUGGUUUCAGUGAUUGUGCAAUGCUGGGAAUAAGCUCAUAUACAAAUAAUAUUUCAGAAAAGGACACAACACAAGGAGAGGAGAAGAAUAAGGAAGAUUUACUUCAAAGAAGUAGAAGUCGGAUUCUUCAACGUGGAAUUUGAAGAUUUCGCCUUAACGCAAUUUUUUUUUUUAUUGGUAUUAAAAUUCAACUUUGUACAGUGUCAAGAAUGUAACAUUUACAAAAAUGGGGUGAUGACACACUGACAAUGGUACCUUUCAAACUGUACAAAGAGAUUCUUAUCAUUAUAUAGUAUUAUAUUCUCUUGUUUC